GCUUUCCUGUCUCGGCUGAUAAAAGGAGUCGAGCAGACGGAGCAAAAACUAAACACAGAGAGGACUGCAACUUUUCAGUCACUGAUCGAGACCGAAGAGACGCUGAACCACCGCUGCCAUGAGUGCAAACAGAAAACAUCAACCCAAACGUGUAUCCAACAUGCAGAGAAAUCUCCGCCAGCCAAUGAGACGGGAUCAGAUCAGGGAGAGAAGAGGUAACAAGCAUGCCUUACCCUUAAAAAAAGAAUUUAAAAAAGCCGGGGGCCGAGAAAUACUAACAAUUAAAACACAGCUGCUGAAGAUGAUUGUAUGUAAUCUGCAGCCUUUGGGCAUCACAGAAGAUGCAAACUUUCUUGAUUUUGCAAAAGCCUUAAAGCCCGCACAGCAAAUCCCUACCAAAUCUGUGAUGCAGUCACUACUUCUCAAGGUCUACAAGGAAAAAGAAAAAGAGUUGCAAAGCACCCUGACCUCAGUUGAAGACAUCGUGUUGACAUGUGAGCUGUGGUCUUCAAGAUCUGAAGACUCCUAUCUAACCGUCAGGUGCCAUUUUGUGGACAACCUCGGAAGUCUGAAGUCCUACAUACUUAAAACUACCGGCCUGUUUGGGGAUGAAUCACCAGCCAACAUACUAAAUCAGCUCUCAGCCAUCAUGGAAACUUGGCAUGUGACAGAAAAGGUUCAUACUGUUGUCACAGCUGGCAUGCCACAGCUAAAAGGAAGUAAAACGAGAUGGACUCACAUUCCUUGCUUUUCUGACAUUCUGAAUGCAAUAUUUAAGGAUGUGAUGAACAACAAUGAGCUGUCCAGCGUUCUCAACAAGUGCUGCAACAUCAUCCGGUUCUUGAAGUAUGACUCUGAAGCUGAGAAGGAGCUCAGAGAAUUGCAAGGCAAACUGCACAAGAAACAAACUGAGCUGAUCAUGUGUUCCAGGGACAGAUGUCUCACUUGGCUGGACAUGCUUCAACCACUGGAUGAGCAGUACUCAGUCAUGAUGAUAGUGAUCAAUGAGAGGGGGAAGACAGAUUUAAUUCUAAACGAAAGCGAUAAAAAGAACAUCAAGAACGUCAUAUCAGCUCUGGAACCUCUGAAGGAAGCCACUUCCAUGUUUAAAGGCAAAGGAUUUGAGACCAUUUCAGUCGUGGUGCCUGUGAUAUCGAAGCUCAUGGAUGCACUUGGAGAAGAAGCAAAGCGCAAGAAUCAUGUUGCCAAAAUACUACUGUCAAAAUGCCAACUCGAAUUCGGCAAUGUCAACGAGCACAAACUAGCUACCGUCACAUUCCUCGACCCAAGAUACAAAAACCACCUAAGAGACAAUGCCAAGAACCUAGCAAUUAAGAAGAUAAUGAUGGAGCUCAGUGCAAGCAAAGAGAAUUCUGCUGACAAGCUGAAAGUCCAACUGGACAAAUACAAGGCUUAUAAACCCAAUGCACAGGAGUCAAAUCCUUUGGCCUGGUGGAGGUACACAGGAAAGGAGGAAUUCUCUCUAUUAAGCAAGCACGCUGUGAAGAGACUUGGGGUCGUCUCCACUGCUGUGCCCUUAGAGAAAGCGUUCUCCAGGGCAGGUGAUCAGUUCUGCAACCUCAGGAGCUCCAUCGAGCCAGAAAACCUUAACAUGGUUCUGUUCCUCAACAGCAACUGGUCUACACAGUCCUAGGUACAAGUCUAUUCCUCUGUCUAAGCCAAAGCACACACUAGCCAUGUUUCCAUCAGCAUUUUAAAGCAUCAAAUCAGAAAAAGUUAAAAGUAACUGAAAAUUUUGAAAAAAAUUUCCUCAUUUUUGCAAAUCAUCAGCACCCCUGAAGUCCUUCUGCAACUACUUCGAUAACAGCUCUUUUAAAUAUGAAUGAUGAAGAUGUGGAUGAGAAUCUCCUCAUAAAGUUUCUCCUCAUGGCAGGCCAUGUUCCUGACACAUGCACAGUUGACAUGCUUGCAGUGCAAGACAGUCCAUGCAGUCACAGUUUAUGAGCUUCACAUGGACCCUCACAGACUUUGUCUGAUGACGCAAUUUACAGCACGCAGCCCCGUGCAGACAAUCACACUUGGGAUACAUGAUUUUCACUUAAUCCGUGAUUAUACUCCCUUCUAGAUGAGCACACAGACAGCUGUGGACACCACAAAAUGGCAAUUGUUGUUGUAGUACUUUUUGUUCACUUGGAGAAUGCUUUCCAUAAAUGCACAGUAGUUUGGCGUCUCUGUGCUCUUGCACCACUAGCUGCCACGCAGACACCAACUUUAGCCUUCAUGCGAACAUCCCCAGAGGGCUCCGUGCAGACUCUCACCGCCUUAGGCAAAUGAGGACAUUUGCAUUACACAGACUUCUACAUGCUCACGGAUGCAAAUAUUAUAACAUCGGUUAAAGACAACACUGUACUCACUUCAUUCCUCAGUACAGUGAGGGGUGUUUGUUAUUGACUGAAUAGCAGGAGGUGCCGCUUCAAGACAACAGCUGCCUGCAGAUUGAAAGAAAAAUAAUCUGCACAAUGCUCUCCUCAUUUAUUUUUAUCAUUGUCAACAGUUUUCUCACGUGAUUUUAGUGAUUUUAUCAUCACUGAGCUAUUUUAACUACUGAUUCUGAUUCCACUAUUAAAGAUUAAAGAUGCUAUUAUUAUCAAUGUACAUGAAAAUACAAUGGAAUUUUGUUGGCAAUUUCUAACAGUAGCAGGUCUGACAGCUAGGUGUUGUAAAAAGCUUUACAGGUCAAGACAGUUGGAGAUUUCUGUACUCGACUCAUUAAUAGUGACAAUACAACAGUGACAUGACUUCUACAUCAUGUAAAGACAAACUUCUGAGCAUAAUUAUGUGCCGCUUGAAACUAAAUUUGAAUCAUUUACAUGUAUGAUUUGCUUGAACUUAACAGCUGCCAUGAAUAGUAGAAUGUGAAUUACAGUUACACAGUGCAUUGGUUCAGCACUGACACUGUGAUAUGCAUGUGUGAAUAUAAUGACAUUGCAGGACAUACGAUGUGAAAUAAGGCAAACAAGUUGCCACACAGAUACAAACUUUGGGCUUCAUGCAAACGUCCAUGGAGAGGUUUGUGCAGACUCUUAUGGACUUCUGCAAUAGAUGAAAUGUACGUCAUGCUGACCCUCAUGUGCUUAUGGACAAAGUAUAACACCAGUGCUGCAUUAAGUUGACAGGCCAGCAUCUCUUUGUUCAUGGCUAUUUGUUUCAUGGAGUUGUCUUAAGUUAUAAUCGCAAUGUUGUCCGAUGCCAUUCAGGAAUUAUAUAUUAUUGUCUAAUUCAUCAAACAUCAUUAUCAUUGAUUGAUGGAAAUUAGUUCUUCAUUCUCCGUUUUACUGUAAAACUGUUUUUUUUCUUUUGUGUUUCUUCUUUGUUACUGAAAGACUUCUGAUUGUGUCCAUUUUGUACAAUACAUUUUUUGAAAAAUU